CAUCUCAGCCCAGGCCUGUGCGCGGAGUAAAGUUGCGUUCCGUCUCAGGGCGAGAUGAGGAGCCCGUAGGGCGCCCCGUGACUGCAGCCAGGUUUUAAGGCUAAUUAAUAAUUGCUUCGCCGCCGGUGCCGGGCAGCAGACACGUGAGCUCCGCGGCGGGACCUGCGGGGGGACCCGGACGCGGGACUGGAAGGGCGCCCGCGGCGGGCGCUGGGAGUCCCGGGCAGCCGGGGACUCCUCCCCACGCCCCGGCCUGUGGGACCCGGGUUCCCGCCCGCGCCUCUGGAGGCGGGGGAUCGGGACGCUCCCGCAGGGGCUUUGCUAAUUGCCAAGCAGGAAGUGAGCGCGGGGAAGAGCCGCGGAGAGAGGGAGGAGGAGGCGGGGGAGGCGCUGGAGGAGGAGGGGCGCGCGGAGCCACGGAGAUUUGCUCCCCGCGCGUCGGAGCUGCAGGACUCCCUGGCUCAGCACCCGGCUCUCCUCCCCGGUCCCGGAGGCCGCCCAGGCCCCUCGGGCGCCCGUCGGCCCCACCCCGCUCCCAUGGCUUCUCCGGACGACCCUCUGCGCGCAGAUCAUUUGGCAAAGGAACCAGUGGAAGACACAGACCCUAGCACUAUAUCCCUUAAUACGUCAGACAAGUAUCCCAUUCAAGACACAGGACUCCCUAAAGAAGAGGAGUGUGAUCCAAUUACUUUGAACUGCCCAGCAAAUUCCGAUGUGCAGCACCAGGGAGAAGAAAAUGGCUUUCGAGACAGUACUGGAGACCCCCUUUCAGGUGUGAGCAAGGAUGCGUCCUGCACGGAGACCUGUUCCUGUCCCUCCUGUGCGCUCCGCGUCCCCACCAUCAGCGACCUGCUCAAUGACCAGGACUUACUAGAUGUGAUCAGGAUAAAGCUGGAUCCCUGUCACCCAACAGUCAAAAACUGGAGGAAUUUUGCCAGCAAGUGGGGCAUGCCCUACGACGAGCUGUGCUUCCUGGAGCAGCGACCCCAGAGCCCCACCCUGGAGUUCUUGCUCCGGAACAGUCAGAGGACGGUGGGCCAGCUGAUGGAGCUCUGCCGGCUGUACCACCGGGCCGACGUGGAGAAGGUGCUGCGCAGGUGGGUGGACGAGGAGUGGCCCAAGCGGGGGCGUGGAGAGCACCCCAGGAACUUCUAGACCUCGGCUCCUUCUCAUUGGCCUCUCGGACAUUGCAACAAGCGCAGGUUAAGGAGCAAUGUGAAUCUGUUCUUUUUUUCUCUUUUCCCACAUUGUGCUGCAUAUAGGAUCUUAGUUCCCUAACCAGGGAUCAAACCCAUGCUGCCUGCAUUGGGAGCAUGGAGUCUUAACCACUGGACCGCUGGGAGAGUCCUGACUCUGUUCCUUUUCAAGUUUAGGAGAAGGACCCGGAACCGUGGACAUUGGUUUUCCCCAGAGCUGGCAGUUUUGUGGAGGGGUCGGGUAUGUUUUUGGUGGUGGAAUUUCCUUUAGUUUUGCACAUCUGUUUUAAUUUAAUAUUUGAAUCUGGAAUUGGGGGAAAUGUGUUGCAAGCUCCUACGGGGACCAGGGCCAAAGCUAUAAUCAGAAUGGAUUCAUGCCAUGAUGAAAAUAAAAGUUCCCCUCCUUUAAAUACAGAAGAUUGAGAUUGGAACUAAGAUGGCUGAUGGCCCCCAAAAGUCAUCAUCCACAAGAUCCCUGAUGAGUAACAACACUCCCACACACAGAGAGCAGUCACCCUUUAGCCUGUUAUGCUUUUUGUUACAAAGUGAACUUACAGGUUGCUGGCAUUAUGUAGUGAUACACACCAGGAUACAGGUGCCGCCUUUCUUAUUCAAACUCUGGGCGCUGUCAAAGAGGUCUUUGCUCGAGUAUUUUCAAAAGAAAUAUUUAUCAAAACAACUAGUUAUUGGGAAGACAAAGUCAGGAAUUAGCAGGGUAAUAAGGACCACGGGAAAGGUAUUGACAAAGAGUUGGCCCUUCCAGUAUCUUUGACUUUUCAAAAGUUAAUUUAGUAUUUAUUUCUACAUCUUUUCUAUCAGGUCAAGUGUUUUGCCCCAGAGAGAAAGCUCAGUUGAGAAAUAAAUAAAAAUCUGGGGAGGGAGGAGGGAUUCAGGAUAGAGGGGACACAUGAAUGCCUGUGGCCGAUUCAUACUGAUAUAUGGCAAAAACCAUCACAAUAUUGUACAGUUCAGGUACUGUACAUCACAAUUCAGCCCAUGGGUGAAAGGCAACCCCCUCUAAAACCUACUAUCUCAGCUUAAGACAGAGCCUCAGUAUUACCCAACACAUUAGCCAAGAAAGAGAAAUCUUUAAUGAUGAUAUUGGAAGGGGAGCUGUGCUUUAAAAUCCAAAUUUUAGAGGAUUUUAAACCAAAUGAAAAGAUGAGAUCCAAAGAAUAUCCACUAGUCUUGUUUGAUGGUUUACUGUGGAAGGUGUGGAGGAUGGGAGGGAAGCCUUGGUUUACCUGACAAUUUCAUAAACGUGCUAUUUGAUUUUGGCUGUAGGCUUAGAAAAUUAAGGUACUUCAUCCAGUGUGGGAGGAUUCUGUAUAAAUCCCUGACUAAAAGAAGCAAAAAUGAUGACUAACAUUGAUAGGAGUACAAGAAAGAUUAGGAUUAACUCAAAGUUAUUUUCUCAACCACUGACAUUUUUUCCCCACUGUUUACAGCAGUUUGUUACAGAGGUUGCUGGUAUGUAGUCAUCAAAUGUUAUCUCUAAACUUGCAAAAGUACUGUAGAGACCUACUGAUCACUUCCGACUUAGUCAGUGUUAGUCACACCUAGCUCGUUUUGUCAGAUUUAGCAGAUAAAUGCCAAGUUUAUCAAAAGAUGUACCCAAAAGCAGCAGUCAGAAAUAAAAUGUAAGUUUUAAAAACUGGGUUCUUUUGCAGCUUGAUGUCCAGUGGGGUGGUUGUUAGGUGCUGGUUGUCUGCUGUAUUCUUGGAACUGUACAGAACAUUUGAUUUUGCACCGUGUUCGGGAUCCCAGGUGGAGCAAUGGUAAAGAAUCUGCCUGCCAGUGCAGGAUAUGUGAGAACUCGGGUUCGAUCCCUGUCGGGAAGAUCUCCUGGAGUAGGAAAUGAAAACCCUCUCCAGCAUUCUUGUUUGGAGAAUCCCAUGGACAGAGGAGCCUGGUGGGCUACAGUCCACGGGGCCGCAAAGAGUUGGACACGACUGAGCAUGCACAAGCAUGUACACGCGGGGUUUUCGUUAGGCUGCGUGUGACAUGUGCUCAUAUGUUAGCCCAAAAUGUACUGUGGCCAAGAAGUGUGUGGGAUCUUAGUUCCCUGAUCAGGGAUUGAACCCGUACCCCCUGCAUUGGAAGGCAAAGUCUCAACCACUGGACCACCAGGGGAUUCCCCCCAAGCUUAGACAGAACUUACCCUCAUAGAUACCUGAACGUGGCUGUGGUUCAUAAAUGUCGGCUGAAAUUACCUUUGAGUUGGAUCAGAAAUGUUAAGACACAAGAAUGCAGAUGGUUCAGCUAUGGGCAGAGCUAAGAACGCUCCUUUAUCUUUAUGUUCAGGAAUUACAGAGAAACCACGAGACCACAGAGCACCACCCACUCAGCUCUCCAUUUGGCAGCAUUAGUUCCAAAGCCUGAUGGCUAAUAAUUUUCAUCACUGGCUAUAAAAGCUUAAGUUUCUAUUAUAAUUGCAUAGCGGAAGUGCCAGGAUAGAAGGGAUUUAAAAAAAAAAUAGGAGUUGAUAUAAGUAUGUUGUUUUAAUUUCACUCUAUCAUUAUUUGCACAUAUCGACAUCUACAUUCAUUGGCAUUUACCUUAGGAAAAGUUUUAAUUAUUAACAGUGUAUUAGCAGAGAGAGAUUUAACCAAAAAUUGUUUUUAAUUAAAGUUCAUUUAGAUUCUAGACUUUGACCAAAUGGAGGAUGACUUUCAUCUGUGUUACAUACAGAAAUAUCAAAAGUAAAUCUCACCUGAAGUAGAACUAUAACACAAUUCUGUAGUAACCCCAAAUAAUUUUCUUUAAAGUUUAUUUUUAGUAGAUAAAUACUGUGUUAGCCUGACUAUGCUGAUACUUUACAAAGGUCAAAGUGGAAAGGAAGGGAAUUACUUUAUGACUGAUUGAUCAAAUCAUUGUUAAAAUGUAUUCAUUAAUACUUAAAAGCUUUCUUCUGUAGGAAUCCAUGUUGAAUUGAUCAUACUAUGAACUAAUCCGCUUUUGAUGAUGUCCUUUUGCUAUCAGAAGGAUGAAUUCUUCUUAGCUAAGUUCCAAGUUACACUCUUUUAAACAAAACUCCCACCUGCAAUGUUAUGGUGUUAUGUGUUGCGGCUCUAUGUAAUAUGCAUUUUAUUUGGUUGCAAUAGAAAAUUACUACUUGCAAGGGAAUGGAAAGCAAAGUAGACACGACAUACACACCCAGGACACAUGCACACAGAGGAAGACUCACGUGGAAGGAAGACACAAAUAAAGCACAGAGUCAUUUAAAUUAUUAACUAAUUUCAAUUAAUCUUAAAAUUAUAAGAUUUUAAAUAGUUAGGGCUUAAAUUGUUUGCCUGGAUUGCCCAUCAGUAUUCAAGAUAACUUGUAUGAACAAGCCUUCCAUUGUUGUGACACUAAAUAAUAAAUAUUUGAUAAUACAGAGGGACUUCCCUGGCGAUCCAGUGGUCAGACUCUGUGCUUCCACUGCAGGGGACCCAGCUUCAAUUCCUGGUUGGGAAACUAAGAUCCCACAAGCUACAUGGCCAUAAAAUAACAAUACAGCAAAUGCAUGGUGAUAGACAAAGAUGCUGCACCUUUGGGUAAUUUUUAUGGGGCGCUGCCCUCUGCUGGAGAAUGGAAUCUGCUUGCAUCCUUUCAGGCUUGGCUAAGACCAGUGUGUGUGUCAGUCACUAAGCCGAGACCCCCUGGACUGCUGCCCGCCAGGUUCCGGCUCCUCUGUCCAUGGAAUUCUCCAGGCAAGAAUCCUAGAGUGGGUAACCAUUCCCUUCUCCAGGGAUCAAACCCUGUCUCUUGCGUCUCCUGUACUGGCAGGCAGAUUCUUUGAGCCUCCUGGGAAGCCCUAAGACCAGCCUAGAACCAACCUUCUAUUGAUUAUUGGUUGUAUGUUAGAACCCUUAGAAGUAGCCCACUAAAAAAUCAGAAGAGUGCAAUUAUUUUACAGAUUGGCAAAUAUUAAUGGAAUGAGGCUGGCAUAAUUGAGAUGAGGGUUCCUGUCCCCUGAAGGUAUCCCCAUCAUGACAACAUCACCACGCAGAUGAAAUGUGGAACAGUCAACCCUAGUUGCAGUUCGUCACCCUGGGAGUUCUCCCUAAACACUCAGUAGGACUUUUUCUCUGUGGAGAUAUAAGGUUAGCUGUCUGUGGUCUCUUUUGCUUUCAGUUUAAUGAUGCUUCAUCUUGAACAUCACAGGUAUAGUGAUUUCUGUGUAAAAAGGCAAAGGGAUUGAUCUCCCUCAGUUACAGCAGACUUCAAGGAAGAGUGCUAACUGUGUCUUCCUCUAUGACACAUAAAAGAAACACAGUAUUUUAAAUACAGUCCUAAUAACUAAGAUCUAGCGAAUUUUCUUUCUCUUUUUCAGAUGAGUGAAUAUAUUUCAUUUAGUUUUGAGGCAAGACUAUACUCCUUAUAUUAAUAACAUUUUUCCACUUCUGUCCUCCGUUAUAGAAUCUUCCUCUCCUCUGGGUUCAUGUUUCUGCUGUCUGUAUUGCUUGUUUUAGGGCCAGUUCCUCCGUCUUUGAAUCAGAUUUCUUCUACAUGCCUGUGGCCUUCUUAACUCCCGGUGACCUGCUAACAUUGGCUUCCUUUUUUUUGCUUAUACAUAUAGAGGAUUGUCUUUCAUAUUUAAUGACACUUUGAACUUAAGAACGUUGAAACUGUUUUCUACCCUUGUAACUGUCAGGCGAGUGUAUGCUCCUCGGUUCUUUGUCUUGUCACAACAAAAAUUUGGAGUGGCGUAACCAAAACAUCUGCAACUGCAUGUACUCAAGGAAGUGACUGAGAAGCAGUCUCCCUCCUGAUUCUGUGAUUUCCUGCCUGGGAGUUCCAGUUCCACCUUCUGAAAUGUGUACAGUUGUGUAUAAAUGGACAAGGGCAAAUCUUGCUUCCCACUUGUUUGGAGGGUUGCAGCCGUGAUGCUGAAUCAAGUGCCAGGCAAGUGGGCGCUGCAUUGCUGGGGGUCCCAUCACCUAGAGGAAGACCCAGAGCAGAGGAGAGGCUGUUUUCUUUGUCUCCGUGGCCAUCUUAGCCGAGGACACGCCUGAAAGCAACUCCACAGUUGAAGAGAUCAAAGUAGUCAACAGUGCAACUCGAAAUGAAAUGAUCGAGUUUAUCAACCCUUUUGGAAAUGUAAAGAUUAUAGCUUCUUAUGGCCCCUGAGCUGAGCUGAGCUCUUAUACUUGAUGUGACCUCCAAUGACCAUUUUCCUUUGAGAAAGCUCCAUGGAGGGCUUCUUCAGCAAUGCUUUUAUAUGACUGAAUUUUUGUGAUCCAUUCUAUGUCUUCAUGCUGUACUUUUGAAGAUGCCUUCAUUUUGAUGUCUUGCAUGAUUUUAUAUGCUUCUUUAUAAAUAGAGAUUAUUUUAAACUAUCAUAAUGGGUGCUGCAAAAUUAAAUGGACGUCCACCAUAACU